ACUAAAUACCAAAGUAGGCAAAAGGAAAUGUUUCAAAAGAUCUCCCCAACGACAUGGACACCUACCAAAUUUCGUUAGCUUUCAUCUGACUCUGAAUUUUACACAAUUUUUAAGUGAAAUAUUUAAUGAUGAGUAUCGACAUCGUGAUGCAGCUGCUCUACGGAACGGCGCUUCUGACUACAAUCAUAGUGGCUCCUUUGGCCACGCUGGACUUGGACGUGGACGAAAAAGACCAACGCACUGCAAAGGCCCGCUAUUUGGAAGUUAUGUUCUACGCGGCCGUUUCACUCGUCCUGACCGCGAUGGCGUUAAUGCACAGCCUGGUGACCUCGCCGCGUUGGCGGAAGCAGAAUUCAGUGAAGAUUUUGCUGGCUAUGCUUCCCUGGAUGCUGGUGUGCUGCAUUCAUUUCCUGAUGAACGUGAUGCUGCAGCUCAAGGCGAUCUUCAACGUGGCGACCGAGACGCGCCAAAAGACCUUGAUCUACGCCCUUGGCUUCUAUUGCGCCAUCUUUGGUUUGGCCCUGGAACAGAUGCUGCACUGGAACGUCGUUUUCCAUUUGAUGACCGACGGGGUAAUAACAAGCAUCUCCAAUAGCCAACUGCCAUUAGUGAUAUUCUAAGUUGGCGGACCGAUUUCACUAGUUUAGUUAUAGCUUAAUUUGUAGUAACAUAACAUGGAAGCAUCUUUUUCAGCAUUAAUUUACAAUAGGCACCCACACAC